CCAAAUCCACCACGCCCUCUCUCUCUCUCUCUCUCUCUCUCUCCAAAAAAAAAAAAAAAAUGGAUUUCCCACAACCCCAAACGCUCUUACCCUGUAGCAGUGGAAGGCGAACCAGCACGGACUCUAAUUCACCCGAAUUCGAGUUCUGGAUGGUCCGAAACCCGUCUUUCCCCCAACCCGAUCUUCACUCCGCCGACGAACUUUUCGUUGACGGCGUUAUACUUCCCCUUCAUCUUCUCCCCCAUCAGAACCCACCCACGACUUCUUCUGACCCUCCUGAACCCAUAAACUCUGAACCGCAUCUUCCGGAUCCCGAACCCGAACCCGGUCCGGGACCCCAGAUAAUACACGCCGCGGCUGAGUCGUCUAUCUCCUCCUCCUUGUCGUCCUCGUUAACCGCGUCGAAGCGGUGGAGGGACAUUUUCAAGAAGAGUGAUCAGAAGAAGAGCACGAAAACCGAGCAGGAAGAUGGUGGUAAAGAGAAAGAGAAGAAGAAAGAGCGAAAGAGUGGAAAUGGAGUCAGUUCGGCCGCCGAGUUGAACAUCAAUAUUUGGCCCUUCUCGAGGAGUAGAUCCGCCGGCAAUGCCUGUACCCGACCCAAAACGAUGUUCGGAGCUGCGGGAUCCAGGAAGGUCAAUAGCGCCCCGUGUUCGCGUAGCAACUCCGCCGGUGAGUCCAAGUCCAGAAAAUGGCCCAGCAGUCCCGGUAGGCCGGGCGUCCAUUUGGGUCGGAGCAGUCCGGUUUGGCAGGUCAGGCGUGGAGGCUCCGGCGGGAAGAGCUCCGAACCUGUGGUCCGCCAUUCUGAAAAGGGGCAUAAAAAAGAGGCAUCUGAGAGUCGCCGGAGCAAAACAAACGGUACGGCUGCGUCGGCGGCCGGCGGUGCUGGUGGGGCGACGGCAAAAGCUAAAGUGUUGAGCUUGAAUGUCCCAAUGUGUAUUGGCUACAGAAACCAUUUGAGUUGUAGAAGCGAUGAGAGUAGUAGUACAGCUUUAAGUGUCGGGUCUACCGGCGCCGGUGCCGGAAAUUGCCACCGGAGUAGCAGCGGCGGCGGAGUCGGGCGUGGUGUGGGUGUUAAUAGUAGUAGUAGUGUUGGGAGUGGCGGUAAUCUUUUUAACCUGCGCAGCCUUUUCACUAGGAAGGUGGAUUGACCCCCUCUCAUUGUUUAUUUCGUCUUCAUGUUAUAUAUAAAAUAUAUUAAUUUUUAUA